AUGGAGGUGUUGCUGACCUGCCUGCUCUCUGUCUGGGUGGUGUGGGAAGCACUAGGUAGCACUGCCCAUCUCCACAAGGAGAAUAACCAGGAUGGCAGGUGCAUCUAUUCCUUUACAGUCCCCAGUGUGGAUGAAGCCAGCUGUCCUGGACAGGAUGCAACAGUGAGUGCUAUCCAGGCACUCCAGCAAGAGAGCAAUGCCCAGAGAGUGGAAUUGGAGUCUGCUAGAGCAAGGCUUGGCCUUCUGGAGAACCUGGUGGACCAGCUGCAUGGAAGCCAAGUGGCGAGAGGUUCUUCUCUUUCUGUGAUGGGGUUGCUUCGCAGAGAGGUGGAGAGCCUGAAGAGGGAACAAGCCCACAGAGACAUCCAAGUCAGCAGGCUGGAGUCCACCAUCAGCAGACUCCUCCAAGACAAAUCUGGCUUAGAAGAGGUCAAGAGGCAGCUGGAGGAAGAGAAGAAUGAGCUGGUGAGGAGGCUAGAGAGCAGCGUCCAGGAGGUGGCUCGGCUAAGAGCAAGCCACUGUACUGAGACCAGAGAAAUACCCAGCAGAGAUUCCCUUCAAGGUUCUGCAGAAGUAUCAAAGUGGGACACGGAGAGUCUGGACUACCAAGAGCUGAAAUCAGAACUAACAGAGGUUCCUGCAUCCCACCUUUUCCCAGAGCCCCCUUCGCCCAGCCUUCCUGGUACAGAAGCUGCAGUCACAGGAUGUGGAAUGUUGGUGUCAGUUGGUGAGCCUGUGACCUUCCGCAGGGCAGAGAACAUUGCUGGUAAGUACGGUGUGUGGAUGAGAGAUCCAGAACCUGUGACUCCAUAUACCCACGAGACAACUUGGAGAGUUGACACCGUUGGCACAGAUAUCCGCCAGGUCUUUGAGUACGAGGAUGCAGACCAGUUUAUAAAGGGCUAUCCUUCAAAAGUUCACGUGUUGCCUCGGUCCAUGGAGAGCACUGGAGCUGUUGUUUAUCGCGGCUUCCUAUAUUUCCAGCAACGCAAAUCAAGAAUAUUGGCUAAGUAUGACCUGAAGACUGAAGUUGUUGUAGUCCAAAAGGAGCUGCCCAAUGUUGGCUACCAUGGACAAUUUCCCUACUCGUGGGGUGGAUACACAGACAUCGACCUAGCAGUUGAUGAGAUAGGGCUAUGGGCAAUUUACAGCACUGCAGCCGCCAAGGGGGCUAUUGUGCUUUCUAAAUUGGAACCGGAGACCCUGGAGAUUGAACGGACCUGGGAGACCAACAUACGCAAGCAGUCGGUAGCCAACUCCUUUAUGAUUUGCGGCUCCCUGUACACCAUCAGCAGCUACUCGUCGCCUGCGGCUAGUGUGAAUUUUGUUUACAAUACCGACACAGGCACCAGUGCACCACUGAACAUCCGCUUUGAGAACCGCUACGGAUACAGCAGCAUGGUGGACUACAACCCAGCAGAGAGAAAGCUCUUCACUUGGGACAACUUCAACAUGGUCGCCUAUGACAUCAAACUUUCCAACAUGUGA